GCGGGGGCAGCGUGCGCGCUGCUGGUCUUCUCUCCCGCGGCGCUGGGGCCCGCGCUCGGCGGCUGCUGCUAGAUUCGGCGCCUCGCAGCCGGCUAGCUCCGCUCCGCGCCCUCCCGCUUCUAAAACCAGGCCUCCUCCUCAAGCCCCAGCCCGCGGCGUCGACCCCGCCGGCCCUCUCCCGCCCCGUCUCAGACUGUGGCCACCGCUGCCGCGGCCCCGGCCCCGGCCCCGGCCCCGAUGGCUCUGUGCAACGGAGACUCCAAGCUGGAGAAUGCUGGAGGAGACCUUAAGGAUGGCUGCCACCACUAUGAAGGAGCUGUUGUCAUUCUGGAUGCUGGUGCCCAGUAUGGGAAAGUCAUAGAUCGAAGAGUGAGAGAACUGUUUGUGCAGUCAGAAAUCUUUCCCUUGGAAACCCCAGCAUUUGCCAUAAAAGAGCAAGGAUUCCGUGCAAUUAUCAUCUCUGGAGGACCUAAUUCUGUGUAUGCAGAAGAUGCUCCCUGGUUUGACCCAGCGAUAUUCACUAUUGGCAAGCCUGUCCUUGGGAUUUGCUAUGGCAUGCAGAUGAUGAACAAGGUAUUUGGAGGUACUGUGCACAAAAAAAGUGUUAGAGAAGAUGGUGUCUUCAGUAUUAGUGUGGACAACACAUGCUCAUUGUUCAGGGGUCUUCAGAAGGAAGAAAUUGUUUUGCUUACCCAUGGAGAUAGUGUAGACAAAGUGGCUGAUGGAUUCAAGGUUGUGGCACGUUCUGGGAACAUUGUGGCAGGUAUAGCAAAUGAAUCUAAAAAAUUAUAUGGAGCACAGUUCCACCCUGAAGUUGGCCUUACAGAAAAUGGGAAAGUAAUCCUGAAGAAUUUCCUGUAUGAUAUAGCGGGGUGCAGUGGGACCUUCACUGUGCAGAACAGAGAACUCGAGUGCAUUCGAGAGAUCAAAGAAAGAGUAGGCACAUCAAAAGUUUUGGUUUUACUCAGUGGUGGAGUAGACUCAACAGUUUGUACAGCUUUGCUGAAUCGUGCUUUGAACCAAGAUCAAGUCAUUGCUGUGCAUAUUGAUAAUGGCUUUAUGAGGAAACGAGAAAGCCAAUCUGUAGAAGAGGCUCUCAAGAAGCUUGGAAUUCAGGUCAAAGUGAUAAAUGCUGCUCAUUCUUUCUACAACGGAACAACAACCCUACCAAUAUCAGAUGAAGAUAGAACUCCACGAAAAAGAAUUAGCAAAACAUUAAAUAUGACAACAAGUCCUGAAGAGAAAAGAAAAAUUAUCGGGGAUACUUUUGUUAAGAUUGCUAAUGAAGUAAUUGGAGAAAUGAACCUGAAACCAGAGGAGGUUUUCCUUGCCCAAGGUACUUUACGGCCUGAUUUAAUUGAAAGUGCAUCCCUUGUUGCAAGUGGCAAAGCUGAACUCAUCAAAACCCAUCACAAUGACACAGAGCUUAUCAGAAAGUUGAGAGAAGAGGGAAAAGUAAUAGAACCUCUGAAAGAUUUUCAUAAGGAUGAAGUAAGAAUUUUAGGCAGAGAACUUGGACUUCCGGAAGAGUUAGUUUCCAGGCAUCCAUUUCCAGGUCCUGGCCUGGCAAUCAGAGUAAUAUGUGCUGAAGAACCUUAUAUUUGUAAGGACUUUCCUGAAACCAACAAUAUUUUGAAAAUAGUAGCUGAUUUUUCUGCAAGUGUUAAGAAGCCACAUACACUGUUACAAAGAGUCAAAGCUUGUACAACGGAAGAGGAUCAGGAGAAGCUGAUGCAAAUUACAAGUUUGCAUUCAUUGAAUGCCUUCCUGCUGCCGAUUAAAACUGUAGGUGUGCAGGGUGACUGUCGUUCCUACAGUUACGUGUGUGGAAUCUCCAGUAAAGACGAGCCUGACUGGGAAUCUCUUAUUUUCCUGGCUAGACUUAUACCUCGCAUGUGUCACAACAUUAACAGAGUUGUCUAUAUAUUUGGCCCGCCAGUUAAAGAACCUCCUACAGAUGUUACUCCCACUUUCUUGACAACAGGGGUGCUCAGUACUUUACGCCAAGCUGACUUUGAGGCCCAUACUAUUCUCCGGGAGUCUGGAUAUGCUGGAAAAAUUAGCCAGAUGCCAGUGAUUUUGACACCAUUGCAUUUUGAUCGGGACCCACUUCAGAAGCAACCUUCAUGCCAGAGAUCUGUGGUUAUUCGAACCUUUAUUACUAGUGAUUUCAUGACUGGUGUACCUGCAACACCUGGCAAUGAAAUCCCUGUAGAGGUGGUGUUAAAGAUGGUCACUGAGAUAAAGAAGAUUCCUGGUAUUUCUCGAAUUAUGUAUGACUUAACAUCAAAGCCCCCAGGAACUACCGAGUGGGAGUAAUAAACUUCUUGUUCUAUUAAAGUAUUGUGUUCAGUUUAAAUUGAUUAGAACCCAUUCCCAGUAUUGACAUGCGGUACUGUGAAAGGAGUUACUGAGCGGCUGCAUCACAUCUGAGUUCUCUACAGCAAAAAUCUACGGCUUAAGAGCUGAGUUGGGGAUGACUAAAAGGAACUGAAGCACUUGUACGGGUAUAAUCAAAGCACCAUUGCCUACACUCAGAUCGGCACUGCUUUUGCCUUUGCCUCACUUGUUCUUUAUGUAUAAAUUCACUGUUGCUAUUAAUGUCUCUGUCAAUGAAGGUGUAUGAAGGUGGGUGACUUUGGGGGUAGUAAUAGGCUUCUGUCCCCUUGCCAGUUUCUAAGAGCUGUUAGAAAACACCCAUUAUAUACUAGUGUGAGUUAGUAUAUGUGUCUUUCAGAGAAUCUGAAUUUGCUUAUAAGUAACCUUACUCCUCUGAAGAUAGGGGUGAGGGAUGGAUAUAGGAGAUAAGGUGUUGGUGGGCUGGCUGUUCCAGCCCCUUUUGUAGGACACUGGGGCUAUCAAAUGUAAGCUCCCUUAAGAUGGAAAACACUGGGAAUUUGUUGAAGUACUUUAGAAUUUGUAACAUCACAGCUGUGGGAGAAAGAAGCUAUCAUUGGUCUUAGUUUAAAAUGUUUUCAAGUCCUGUCCCACAUAGAUGCCAUAGUGUUCACUGUCAACCUGUUCACUCAUGAGGAGCUUUAUCGCCCCCACCACCCAUGGUGCCAGUUCCUAUGGCCUUGUGACGAAGUUUCUGUUCUCUUCUCCAGAAGAGGCUGUCUCUGGUGUAGCAUAAAGUCAGUGUUUUGAUCUCGUUUGGGCAGAGGGCCAGCUCUGAGACCACAGAAACCAUUACACAAGCCUGCAGCUUAGACUAUCUAGUAAAGAGUUGUAAAAUGAACUCUUACAUGUAAUCUGUAAGUGGAUUUAUUACCCACUGCUUAGAAGACUGUCACCAGUCUCAGUCCAUGCAAGAUAUUGCCACACCUUGUAAUCUUCUAUCAUUUGUAAGAUUCAAGAACUUGACUAGGACUCUUUGCCAUUGCCACUGGUGUCUACCAGAUCCUUUAUUACAUUCAUAUAAGCACUAUAAAAAUAGUACUAGACUUAAAUUCUACAACCAUUUUCCAAUAUUUUAGCUGUUUCUAUUUAAGAACAUCAAUGAGUUUUUCUUCCUUUUUUCAAAAAAUUGAGGUGUGAUUGACCUAUAGCAGAUUAAUUUCUGGUGUCAUGCCAAACCCAUCUCAGGUUGCUGCCUUUUAUUUUCAAGAUCCUUUGUAUUGAUCAGGUACAAAAUUUUGCUUGGGAUUCAGUAUUAGCUAAACAGUAAAAUUAUGCAUGCCAGAAGUCUACUUUUUAUUUUGGCUGGCCUAGAAGACAUAAACACUGUAUUUCCAGACCAGCAAGGGAAGAGCUUCUGUCUGUUUUAACGGAUAUCUGUACCUGAAACAAAGGAGUAUUUGACUUCUACAGAACUUGAAGGGUUCACUUUCUGUCCUGAUGAUGAGAUACUCAUACUGGCCUUUUAGAAAGAAGAUAUGUAAGCUCUAACAGAUUUGGAGUCAUGUAACUUUAGAGCUGGAAUAGAUAACCUCUAAAAGGCUUACAAAUACAUUUAUGUGAAAAAAUUCCUCUUCUAGCAGAAGUUUCUUGCGAUUUUGUGUUCGAGCAAAUAGGAAACUAGGAAGAAUAUAGUAAGAAUGUUUUCUUUCCAGUGUACGUUCUAUGGAACACUGCUCCACUGAGCUGAUCCUUGUCAAAAGGGUUAGAUGGUCAUGGAAGUUGGGAAAGUGCUGUUCGCUUGUCAUGGUGUACAUUAUAUUCAAACUGAGAAAUUUUGAUGUGAAAAACAGUUGUUAAACUUUCUUAA